AUGGCGGAAGGUAGCAGGGAUCUUCGCCCAGUGCUGACGGCAGUAGCUAAGCGACGCCGGCUGAACGAGGAAUUGUUGCUGCUUUUAGAUGAAGAGAGCAACGCAGAUUCAAGCACCAGCUGCUCUUCGGACAGCGGCAGCAAUGGCGACCUGGCGUUGUAUGAGCAGCUGUUUACCCCUCCUGAGAAGCGAGCGAAGGUAGAGACGUAUGUGGAAAAGACGGUUGCCGCGUAUUCUGACGAAGAGUUUCGCCAAAACUUUCGACUGUCACGGUCGGUUGCAAGUUCCCUUGCGGAUGAGUUCGCGAAAUCGCCGUACUAUCCUUCAAGAACUGAUCGCGGAGGCCUACCCCCCAAGUCGCCUGAAGAGCAUGCGCUGUACUUUCUGUGGUAUGCUGCCAACAAAGCCUGCAUACGUGAUGUCGCAGGCCGGUUCGAGAUUGACAGCACACACCACAUGAUGACGUACCGCGUCAUGGAUUUCCUUCUUCACAUUGCCUCCCGCAUCGUGACCUUCCCAGAUGACUUGAAAAAUCUUGCCAGUGAGGUCAAGCAGGUUUCAGGGUUUCCAGACACUAUUGGCUGUAUUGACGGGAGCUAUAUUCCAGUUAGGUGCCCUGCCGGUAAGGUGCGGUCAUUGUAUGUAAACAGGCACCAUUACCCUUCCCUCACGCUGCAGGGAAUAUGCGAUAAGCCGAAGGGGUUCCUUGAGGCCAUCACUGGUGCACUCAGUAAAAUUCACAAUGCCAGGAUCUUCCGCCUUUCAACCUUUCAACCGCAGAAUAUCCAUCUCGUGGUGUCGCCGCCUGUGAGCGGCGAAGUCAAGGACUGUGUCAUGACCGUGACCACCACGACUGGCAUCGGCAGCGCGUCCGGUGCCAAUCGCGGAGGCUGCGCCAUGACGCUAACGAGUGGCGAUAGGGAGCGAUUCGGUGACGAGGCAGCAACGCAACGGAGAAGAAAUCCGAAUGACUGUGAAGCGCUACAUAGUCAACAAGAUGCGAUUGAGAACUCACGAAGCAGCGAGUACCGUUUGUUGGGGCACCGCCAGCGCAAAGCGUCACUUCAUGAACGCGGUGCGCUGCAUCGUACGUCGACAGUACUCCGUUGCUCAAGCUACCAUGCCGAUCUGCGAAAGCUGCUGCUGCUUCGAUUUCGAAGCGCCACGGGUGGCGGCAGGGUUGGCGGCGUUGACGGCCGCGUCUUGGACAUCCUUGAGAGGACCGGCGCAGUCGUCACCACCCCGCCAGAGUAUUACCCCGUUCCCGACGUGGAGACUGAGGUCGAGGUGGGAACCUCCCGUGCAGCUACUAGCCGGGGGCCGAGCGACGUUGACCUGCAACCAAUACCCCUCCAGCCACAAGUGCCGCAGCCCGGACCUUCGCAGCCGCAGCCCGGACCUUCGCAGCCGCAGCCCGGACCUUCGCAGCCGCAGCCCGGACCUUCGCAGCCGCAGCCUGGACCUUCGCAGCCGCAGCCCGGACCACAGCCUCAACCCCGCCGAAGACAGCCCAGGCAGCUGGAGGAAGCUGUGUGCCGGGCUACGGCUGAGUACGUGCGGCAGGGCCAGUGUGCUGAUGCGAGGGCCGUGGCAGACCGCAAGUUCCACCACAAGAUGUUGGAGCAAAACCGGCGUCAUCACGAGGCCCAGAUGGCCAGCCAAGAACGGCUGGAAAACCAGCUCUGCCGCCUGACCGAAGAGGUGGGCCGGCUGCGCCACGUUCAGCAGCAGCGCCUCGACCAAGAGCGCAGGGCGAAUGACUGUACUCAGCGCCUGCUGCAGCAACUUUUGGAGGCCCUGGCCGGUGGGGCUGCACUAGUCACACGCCCACCUCAGCCUCCUAGCGCCUAAAUUUUAUUGAUAUAUACUGAGUAUGCACAGCGCAAUGAAACGAAGGCAAGAGAAGCACGCAAACGACAUAGACUGGCACUGACUUCCAACUGAA